AAUCCUCACAAACAGAGAGCCACCAUUUUAGAUCGAGCACAAGAACUGAAACAUUUUAUCCCUGGAUUUAAACAUGGCCAACACUUUGCUGGGCUUAUUACUUCCCAGUUUACUCCUCUGCUGUGGAAAGUCUACAGCAGCACUAAAGUCCAUCCUCACUGUGUCUCCAUCAUGGCUGAGUCCUGGAGCCUCAGUAAAUCUGAGCUGUGAGGUUAAACCUUCAUCACCUGCAGGAUGGAGGUUCUACUGGUAUAAAGCUGUUCCUGAUUUAUCAAAGAACAGCUACAGAUAUGAUCCACUGCCUGGUAGCAUCAGUGAAACUGUAAAGAACUCCUCCAUCAUUCAUGGACAGAAACAAACAGCAGGAUUUACAUGUAGAGCUGGAAGAAGAAACCCAGAAGAUUUCACUGAAUACAGUGAACCAAAGUUUAUCUGGUCUGCAGAUUCUCAUCCAGCAGCGUCUCUCACAGUGAGUCCAAACAAAGAGAAACUUUUUACUAUUGAUGAAAUUAAACUGAACUGUGAAGGAAGCUCUGCUGACUGGAGAGUGAGGAGAUUUAAAGAAUCAUACUAUGAGCCAGAUUUAUCACACUGCUCCAACUGGGGAACAAUGACUGGAUCCUCAUGUACCUUCAUGAGUCCCCACUACCACAGAGCAGUGUACUGGUGUGAGUCUGGAUCAGGAGAGUUCAGCAAUGCAGUCAACAUCACUAUAUACCCACCAGAUUCAGUCCUCACUGUGUCUCCAUCAUGGCUGAAUCCUGGAAUCUCAGUGACUCUGAGCUGUGAGGUUAAACCUUCAUCUGCAGGAUGGAGGUUCUACUGGUACAAAGCUGUUCCUGAUUUAUCAAAGAACAGCUACAGAUAUGAGCUUCUGCCUGGUAGCAUCAAUGGGACUGUAGAGAACUACUUCAUCAUUCAUGGACAGAAACAAACAGCAGGAUAUUUAUGUAGAGCUGGAAGAGGAAACCCAGAGGUUUUUGCAUUUUAUAGUUAUCCAAAGUUCAUCUGGUCUGCAGAUCCUCAUCCAGCAGCGACUCUCUCAGUGAGUCCUGACAGAGAGCAACACUUCACCUCUGAGUCUGUGACUCUGACCUGUGGAGGAAACUCUACUGAGUGGAGAGCGAAGGAGUUCACAGAAUCAGGUCAUCUGUUCUACAUUGAUAACUGCUCCCCCUUGGGGACAAUGACUGGAUCCUCAUGUACCUUCAACAGAACAUGGACCCAUAAAUUAGUUGUCUGGUGUGAAUCCAGAUCAGGAGAGUUCAGCAAUGCAGUCAACAUCACUUUUCAAUAUGAAGAUCUUCUCCUGGUGAGCCCCGUCCAUCCUGUGACUGAAGGAGCUUCUGUUACUCUGAGCUGCAGACGGAGAGGAGAAAACAAACUUUCUGAUGUGAUUUUCUAUCAUAAUGACAAACUGAUCCAAAAUGACAGCAGAGGAGAGCUGAAGAUCUCUGCAGUGUCUCAGUCAGAUGAAGGUUUCUACAAGUGUGAACAUUCAGGAGAAGUUUCACCUCAGAGCUGGAUGGGAGUUAAAGCUGGUUCAAAACAGAGCAGCUCUUCAUUUCCUGUCAUUUGGGUCGUUGGAUCGGUUUGUGGUGUCGUCCUCGUUGUCCUCCUGCUGCUUCUGUGUUGCUUCAUAAAGUUCAAAGAUCAUUUUUGCCUCAGGUUGGUCCGGUCAGAGAGCAGAGGUCGUGGCUCCCGCACAAAUCACACAGUCAGCCAAUCUGAAGCUAAUGAGUACAGCUCUCCUCUACAUGGAACAUCUAACUUGUAUGACUCAGUGAGACCCUCUGAAGACCCUGUAAAUGAUGCAAACGAACACCAGCACAUCACCUACUCUCUCCUUGAAUUUAAAAACUCUGGAAACAAGAGGGGCCAUCGUGAACCACAGGAGGGCGCCGUUUAUGCUGAUGUGAGAGCAGGAGCUGCAGGAAGCUCCAGUCCAGCAGCAGCCGAUGCAGCCGUUUACUCUGAAGUUAAAUCUGGACACUGAUGAUCUUUACUUUAGAUAUCUCUGGGUACAUAUUUUAAAAUGUUUUCAAUUGAGAUAUAAUGUAAAUAAUAUGCCAAGAUAUAGUUGAGCUAUAAUUUAAUAUUUGGUCAAGUGAGUUAUGUAAUAUUCCAGAGUUAAAGAAAUUGCCUCCCAGAUAUAAGUUGUGAAAAUGACAAAACGCAAACAUGGUAAAAUGUGAUGGAUCUCAAGAUGGCUACAAUUACUUCACAGAAAUAGCUUUUUAUUAUUUAUUUUCAUGAAAGGUAUAUUUAUGCCUAAGGUUAAGUAAAUCAAACACCAUAAAAUAAUCAGAUUUACAGAUAAACAGCAGUGAGAAAAUGAAUUUUGUAUUACAAACAUUAGAGAUGUGUUUUAGUUUUAAGUGAACAAAGAGCAACAAAAACAAAUAGAAAUGACAUCAGAGCUAACAGAGCUA